CAAAACUGAAGCAGAUGGUAUUAGAACCUAGUUGUUGCACUUCGGACAUAUAAAUCAUUAAACCACAAAUUUAAAUAAUGUAAUAUACUAAUUUUAUUUGUACUACGUCACAACGGUGAAUAUUAUGUGAUCUUAUGCACUAUCGUAUAAUUUCAUCGAAUUAUUUUCUGAUUCUUGUAGUUGUCUGUUACUAAAUGACCAAGCAAUUUUUAUACCCAUUACUAUAUUUUUGUGGGAUAUCUAAAUCAAUGCUUCUUUGUUCAGGCGGCAUUGGAUUGCAUCUGUUACCGAUCCUCGUGUGUGUUCUCACCUUUGUUGCAGUCACGACUUGUUAUUUCCUCUCUCUUACACAAGACCACAUAUCACCGUAUUUUCCGUACAUCAGUGAUGCUGGUUCAAAGAUCCCAGAAAGUUGUAUUUUCGGUCAAUUAUUAAAUAUUGUUUCAGUUUUGGCAGGUUUAUGCUUCUACUCAUGGCAUAAACAUUUGCUAGAUUGUAGCCAGAAAUUUAAUCAACAAUGUUAUCGUCAAAUUAGAUUGGCUAGAGUUGCUUUAUGUUUUGGUCUUAUAUGUGCAGUUGGUAUGAGUAUAGUAGCCAACUUUCAAGAAACAGCUGUUUGGUCUAUGCAUCUCCUCGGUGCAGGUCUACUUUUUGGUGGUGGUUCGGCGUAUACACUUGCUGUUACAUAUAUUACAUAUAAAUAUCUUGGACAUAGUCGAAUUCGGAUUACUCGUUUGGUAUUGACAUUCAUUUCUGUUUCUUCAUUUUUAUUACAACCAACAACUGGAUUAGUCGCACGUUUCAUGUAUGAUGGUGAUAAUAUUAGAAAAUGGAAACCAACUGAUCAAGGUUAUUCAUUUCAUGUAGUAAGUAGUAUGUCGGAAUGGAUUACAGCUUUAUCAUUUAUAUGCUUUAUUUUUACACUGGUAUGGGAAUUGAAAGAUUACAAAGUACGUGAAAUAAAGAUUGUUCAUCGAUGGAGUAUAAUAAGUGAUGACAAUUAUGGUAAUAAUAAUGAUGACAAUAUGCUUUCCUAG